GCGCUAUACGACACAGAGCUCGAGCGCCGGAGAUGGGUUCUGUUGGUUUCGGCUCCAGUCGCCAUUAAGAGACGAAUAAGCCAUCUAAACUCGGUUACAUCGGUUGAGGGAGCGGCCAACAAAUGUGGGACCCGCGAGCAGUAGUAGUAGUAGUAAGAGUAUACAGCGAGGCCUUACUUUGGUGGACUUAAACCCUAACCGUGAAGUGGAAGUUGAACCAGCAUUGUCUUAUUUAAGAGACCUUGGGAGACUUAAGAUAUAUAUUUUUGGAUUAAAGAAGAGGACCUCCUGGGCGCAGGAGGAGCUUCGAAACUGAGUAUUGUGCACUGUUAUCAUUUAAGUGGUUGAAACUUGGCUUUUCAAGGCUAUGUAAUGCUUCUCAUUUGACAUACUUUUAAGCAGAGCUUGCUAGUUACUGUGUUGUCCGAAUUUUAGUCUUCUGUCGACCAUGGUAGAAACACUUUAAGCUUAGCCUUAGACGUUGGCUGUAUCUUUAAGGCGUUUGGAUUCUCAGAGUGUGUUUAACUUGCUGUGGUCAGAGGCUUCUUAUUUGACUCUUGGUGUGUGUUGUGGUACCCAGAAUAUGCCCUUGCAACUGGAGGAGGACAGGAGGCUAUAGAAGCCGGUGGCUGUAGAGCUUAUUAUAGGCAAACUUGGAUCCACUGUCCUUUUUUUGCGGCAUCAAUACUAAUGCGUACUGCUGUCAGUCCAUGUGAGGCGACUAUUUUUUGGGUGACUGUUUACAACGGAUGGGCCCUCUAAGCAGUUGGAACGGCUACAACAGUGUGCAGUCUAGUGCCGUGCAGUGUAUAUUCUAAAUGUAAUUUGUAGGGGUGACAACCUCGGAUGCAUCCUGUCAGCAUUUUUUCUCUCAUUACUGCCUCCCUCCUCAGAUGGUGUCCUUGCCAUUUUUGCAGUCGGAGGCGUCAGUUCUGCUGUCAAGACACUCAGAUUUGGAGGGGGCGUACUCGCAUGUUAUCACAAACUGUAAGAAAAAGUAGCCCUCUACGCACUACUGUAUCCAGUUCAGCAGACUAUCUGCAUUCUGUUAAUCUGUCUGCAUUUACUUAUAUGUCGCAAUUGUGUUUUGGAAGUAUACUGGAUCUUUGGUCAGGUGACUGCAGUCUGCUAAUUAAGGAGACCGUGAUUUGUAUUACGAUUAAGACAAAUUUGGUUUGUAGUCUUACUGCUGGGCACCUUUUGUAGUUGCUAAGUUUCCAAGUAUAUUUGGUUUGUAAAGAAUAUAUAUUUUGUGGUAUAUUUUAAUAUUUCUUUAGUUUUUCAAGAGAAUACCUAUCACAUUUCAAACUGCUUUACAUACCGCAUUGAUGACUUGACUAUUAAGAACUUAUUUUUGGUUCUUAGGACUGCACAGUUUAUCUUCAAGAACAAAGCCCUGAAAUCGGUGCCAGUUGAAUGCACACCUCCUGUACCGUACCUUUAAUUAUUGAACAUCCACUUUAUCAAGUUUCUACUUGAUGAAGACCGUUCCUUUCGUUGCAGGAUGGAUGGUGUACUGUCAGUGGUGAAGGCUUGCCAGCAUUUGCUGAUCACUUUUCCAGGUUGUCUCUUCUUUUCUAUUGUUUAUAAAAGAACACCGCCUCUGCUUGGACCUGACCCUUUGUAGGAUAUUUCUUGGAAUUUCCGUUAGAGUUUUGGUUGGGGAAUGUCGUUAAGGUGAUUGUGUUAACUUAUGGUGAGAACCUCCUUGGUUGCAGAGAACUACUGCAAAAAUAUUUAGUGCGCUGCAAAUAAGUAUUCUGUGAGUUCUGAAAUCAACCAUGUCUGCUGAAGGUUCAGAUCAGGCAUUGUCUGUUCAUCUGGCUCCCCCUAAAAAUGGAAAUGGCUCUAACUCUGACACUUCAUUAGGGGAAAGGAUGGGUAAAAUUGAGAAUGAACCGAGGAGGAGGAGGCAUACAAUGGAUAAAGAUAGUAAGACAUUUGAACACCGCUUUUUUCGGAGGAGUGUUAUCUGUGAUUCUAAUGCUACUGCAAUUGAGCUUCCCAGUAAAGGUAUUUUAGCUUCUCCUCCAGAAUCUGAUAUUUUGUGUUCUGCAUAUCCAGGAGUAGGUACAUUGGUGAUUAUACCUUUGCCAGUUAUAGAGGCAGAGGGAGGUGCACCUACGCAUGAUGACUUUAUCGAACCAGCUGAGAUAAGGAUUACAUCUGCUGUGAGGGGGGCAUCUGGUAGUGGGAUUGGAGUUGUCGAUCAUGUAAGUGAGAGUAGUUUUGCUAAGCAGGAAUUGCAGGUUGUGUUUCCAGAAGUUGAAAGUAAACCAGUACAAGAGGAGGAUCCGAAACAACAAAGUGUACCAAUUAAGGAAGCUGAGGAGAAAGUACAGGAGAGAAAAACUCGAGAUGAUACAGAAGAAGCUGAGACCAAAGCAGUUGGAACCUCUCCUGAGGGGAGGUUUCUGAAGUUUGAUAUUGAAAUAGGUAGAGGAUCCUUCAAAACAGUUUACAAAGGAUUGGACACUGAGACGACGGUGGAAGUUGCAUGGUGCGAGUUACAGGAUAGGAAGCUGUCCAAAUCUGAGAGACAGAGAUUUAAAGAAGAAGCAGAAAUGCUGAAAGGACUCCAGCACCCAAACAUAGUUCGUUUCUAUGAUUCUUGGGAGUCGACAUUGAAAGGAAAGAAAUGUAUUGUGCUGGUGACAGAGCUGAUGACUUCAGGGACAUUAAAAACAUAUUUGAAGAGGUUUAAGGUUAUGAAGAUUAAAGUUCUUCGAAGCUGGUGUCGUCAGAUUUUGAAGGGUUUACAUUUCCUUCACACUCGCACACCUCCCAUCAUCCAUAGAGAUUUAAAAUGUGACAACAUUUUUAUUACUGGACCCACAGGUUCUGUUAAAAUUGGAGAUCUUGGGCUGGCUACCCUGAAGCGUGCUUCAUUUGCAAAGAGUGUUAUAGGUACCCCCGAAUUUAUGGCUCCUGAGAUGUACGAAGAGAAGUACGAUGAAUCUGUUGAUGUGUACGCUUUUGGGAUGUGCAUGCUUGAGAUGGCAACUUCGGAGUAUCCAUAUUCUGAAUGCCAGAAUGCUGCUCAGAUCUACAGGAGAGUCACAAGUGGCGUGAAACCAGCAAGUUUUGAUAAGGUAGCAAUUCCUGAAGUAAAGGAAAUCAUUGAAGGAUGUAUACAGCAAAAUAAAGAAGAACGGUAUACUAUAAAGGACCUUCUAAACCAUGCCUUCUUCCAAGAGGAGACAGGUGUACGAGUGGAACUUGCAGAGGAGGAUGAUGGAGAGAAAAUUAGCAUAAAACUGUUGUUAAGAAUUGAAGACAUCAAGAAAUUGAAAGGAAAAUACAAGGACAAUGAAGCUAUUGAGUUUUCCUUUGACUUGGAAAGAGAUGUUCCAGAGGAUGUGGCUCAGGAAAUGGUGGAAUCUGGGUAUGUAUGUGAGGGAGAUCAUAAAACCAUGGCCAAAGCUAUUAAAGACAGAGUUUCCUUAAUUAAGAGGAAACGAGAACAACGGCAGCUUGUGAGAGAAGAGCAGGAAAAAAGAAGAAAUGAAGAGCAGCAGGUGGAGGUGGAAAAUUUGGAGCAGUCUUCAGUAAAGUCAGUAGCACAACAGAUGAGCUGCACCAGUGCUACAGCAGCUCCAGCGCAGUCUCAGAUCAUUGGUACCCAGGUUGAACCAGAGGAACCAGAGGCUGAUCAACAUCAACAAGCACAGUAUCAGCCUAGUAUCUCACUUGCAUCUGACGGCACAGUGGACAGUGGUCUCGGCUCAUCGGUGUACUGUGAAUCACAGGCUGUUAGCCAGCAUGGAAUCUCUUGUAGCUCUCCUCCAGAACAUUCACUUCCGGUCAGCCAGACUCCUGCAUACAGUGCUUCUAGUGGACAGACUCUAACUAGUUCACAACCUCCUCCUCAACAGCAGGGAUAUGCUCAGGUGCAGAAUUUGACUAUUUUUUUUUAAAUUGAGAUUCCCAAAAAUCUGUAGCAUUUGUUAUGUUAUAACUGUUGCAUUUGUAUGAACACCAAUAAUUUGUUAAAAUGAAGCUUAAUUUUUAAGUGGAAGUGAGAAAAUGGUGGUGGUAGAAUUGAAUGUUUUGAUUUACCUCACUAGGCCUACUUUUUCUGACUAGCUCCACCUCUACCUUCUACUCCUUUUGUACCAUUCACCCUUGAACCUUGUGUGCAGUGACUCCAGACUUAAGUGUAUACACACGCACACAUAUGCCCUUCU